UGUAACACAUAAGACAUGGAUGCAACAGUAUAUAUAAUAUACGUCUCGGAUUUAAAGAGAUAUUUAUACAACAAUGAUAAAAUCCUAGAUUACAAAACAAAAAUUCUUACAUACAAUACGUAAGUGUGCUAACUGUGGUGACUUUUUUCACAGAGUAUCUUAUCUGCGAGUGAUAGUAACACAACAACAUAAAAGUGUCAGUCAUAGGAAUUGUUUUGAUAACGCAGAACUUAAACGGCCUAUCUAUUCAGCCCCAAUAUUCUAAACAUUAAACAAACCAAUAAAGCUCCAAAACGCGAUAGCUGAAGAUCUGAAAACAAUUUUUAUAUACGUGCACAGCAGAAACGUAUAGAGUGAUCUUUUCAAAGACGGAACACAGGACAACAAUGGGGCGCAAAAUGAUAAGAGAUUCUGGAUACGAAGAUUUAUACUAUAUCCACUAAAAAUAGAACAUAAAAAUAGGCCGAUAUCGGUCCUAAAACAUACCUAAGAAAAACAGUUUAAGUGACAACAUCAGAGACACUUAGUAUAGAAUGGCAGCGCAAAGGGACUCCGGGUUCGAGGAAGAUAUAGAGUUCCUGUUACCCCACGGAAUGAUGGUCAACAUGAAAUGUGACAGACGUAUGUCGCUAAGGGACAUCACUGAAUCGUUGUGGGCAAAGGUCAUCGAACUUCCGGCGGCGAACAGACUGCGGAGCUCCAGCCACUACGUGUUCGUCGGGGUCACGAGAGAUGCCGAAGAGAAGGAAAUGGAUCCACGCGUUCCUAUUACAGAUCUACCUCUUAUUAAACCUAUUCUUGAAAUCUCGGAACCACUGGAAACACGUGACUGGGAACGACACUUUACGGAAACAGGAAACCUUAUGGAUGUGAGCAUUCCAUCGCUUGACCAGAUCUCAAGCCAUAACGAGGAGCACCGUGACGUCAGAAUCGUCAUGAAGCACGUGGGACAGAGCGUGGCAAGAGAGAUGACCAAGUGGUCAAUGGAAGAGAGGCUGUUGUUUCAGUACAGACCAAGACUGGACCUGAAUACUGAAAUUCCAUUAAGUACAGUGAAGAUCAUAAAUAAAGGUGGUGAAAGGUCACUACUACAGGCAGUCGUAUACUGCAGGGUAAAUGGGGAGACCACCUUCAAAACCAUCAAGCAUAUAUUUGCGAACGAACAGCCUCGAGAGGUCACUCGGUUGGCCAUGCUAGCGCACAAUCUGAUCCCUAAUACCCUCAGUUCGAGCCUUAACCGCAGACAGUCCGUAUCCACCAUGUAUCUGCUGAAAAGACUGGAAAAAGAAGAAUAUUUCCUGGAAGAGUGUGGGAUGCUGGCAUACGAGUAUGUUCGCGACUGUUUCACCAAGGACGAAAAGCUAUUACUGGAAAUCGUGUCAAAGAAUGACGUCAUCAAGCAACUUCCGGACUUCAGAUGUCUGACACUUGACUAUGCUGACCGUCUCCGUAAGCCAAGCACGAGGGACGUCGAUGCCAAGUUGUCUUGGAACGUGCCCACGGAUAAGUAUUACUCGGUUGUGUUCCGUGAUGUCCCAGUGCCGCGAUCAGACUGGAAUGAGUACUACCUCGAGGCUCAGAUCUUCCACGGCAAGCAAGCGCUGUGUCAUGCAGUUCGAGUAGAGGAGUACAACCGACCUGUGCAGUUCAGCGUCUCCAUUGAAAGCCUUCCGAGGAACGCACGCCUGUGCUUCACUGUGAUCAAGAAGGACAAAGUCAUUAAGAAUCUGAGAGGAACAAAGUGGGUAAAUAUGCAGAUCUUUGAUCACAAAGGCGCCCUCAUAACGGGUGAGGUCCGAUGUCAGAUGUUCGCAUUCUCGGGAAAGGUCAACAGGGUCAAUAACCCCCUUGGUCUGUCAGGUUUAACAAAGAACGUGUCCAGUUCAGACCAGUUGUGGUUCGAGAUCCAGAAGCCCUGUCCGGAGUCGGUUCGAUUCCCGAGUUCAGAAGAGAUAGACAGACACAUCGAACGGGAAGAGCGAUUUACGGAUAACACAUCUCGUCACAUGCCGUUUGACAUAUUUGAUAGAAUUUGUGCAAAAGAGGUUUUCAACGAACUCACGUCCACGGAGAAAUCGACUUUGUGGGAAACAAGAGCUCAAGCGCUGGAAUACCAACCAAAACUUCUACCGAGAAUCAUUCAAUGUGUCGACUGGACAAAAAGGCACGACGUUUUCCAGCGAAGCGAAUAUGUUUUUUUCAUAUACAACUAUUUACCAUUAAAUCGCACAACAUCUACUCAUGGAUCUUACUCACAGUUGUACCAGCUCAUCCGGAGACACAGGGUCCAAAACCUCGAGGUGGCGCUGCAGCUGCUCGGGCCCGAGUACCCGGAUAGAAGAGUGCGCCGCCUGGCGGUCGAAUAUCUUGCAUCCAAUAUGCCACCACAAGGAUUGAAUCUCUACCUCCUGCAGUUUGUUCAGGCUCUGUUGUUUGAGAGCUACCAUGACAACGAUCUUGCCAAGUUUCUCCUCAAAAGGGCCUUGUUAUACAGGGAUAUCGGGCACAAGUUCUUCUGGUUACUAAGAUCAGAGAUGCACAAUCCCGUGUCUCAACUGCGGUUCGCACCGCUUCUUGAAAGUUACUGUCUGUACUGUGGAGCCGCCGUGUUUGAAGAACGCCGCCAGGAGGUAGAGACUGCCAAGGCCUUACACAAGCUUGCCAUGAGAUUGAAGGACUUGAAGAAAGAAUCGACCUCUGCUGAUGCUAUGGUAAAUGUGCAAACGAAUUUACGAUGCACCGGAAUAUCAGCAAGUCGUGUGUCAGUCAUGGACAGAACAGUCAGACUUGGAGAACUCAAGUAUGACAGGUGUAAGCCACUGAUGUCCAAGAUGAGACCAGUGUGGUUGUCAUGGGAAAACAAGAACAUGAACGUGCCUCCGUACGAGGCUGAGCCGAAAACGAUCGACUACAUAGUGAAAAUCGGAGACGACAUGCGUCAAGACAUGCUUGCAUUGCAACUGUUGAAAGUAAUGGACACAAUUUGGAAGUACAGCUUUGACGACUAUCAUUUGGUCGUGUACAACUGCAUGGCACUCGGUGAAAACUUCGGUCUCAUAGAAGCUGUGCUGAAUGCAAAAACGGUUAAUGACAUCCACAUGACGGACAGGGGUAAACUGUUUCGUACCGAGUCCAUACAUGCCUGGCUCUACAGGACCACACCAGAUGGUGACAAUUUUCAGAAUCCAUUGCGCCGAUUCAAAUAUUCCGCAGCUGCUUGUGUUGUGGGAAUUUAUCUGCUGGGAAUCGGCGACAGGCACCCGAGCAACAUUCUCGUUAAGAACACUGGCGAAAUGUUCCACAUAGAUUUCGGCCACUUCAUGGGUCAUAGGAAGUCCAAGGUGGGCAUCAGGCGCGAGAGAACACCGUUUGUGAUCACGAAAGACUUCAUGAACGUGGUCAGAGGUGGCAAAGAUGACGUCGAAGCGGAAAACGAGUUUAUGUACACGUGCUUCCAACUCUUCAUGUCCAUCAGGCGGCAUGGUACCCUGUUCCUGACACUACUCAACCUCAUGAUGCACUCUAACCUACCGGAACUGAACUGUCAGGCUGAUAUCGAGUAUUGCAGGGAUGUGCUGGGCCUUGACAAGCCGGAUCACGAAGUAGCCAAGAAGUUUUUCAAGGAACUCAUUGCUUCAUACAAGAAACAAUGGAUGACAAAUCUGAACUUUUGGUGUCACCGCCUUAACAAGGCAAUCGAUAUGCGCAUCAGUACUUCAAGUUAGAAGGCAACUUGGUGUUGGAACUAUUUUUAGAUUGGUAUCUACCUUCACGUUUUUUGGAGUUUGUGCAUGGAUUUUAUUAUACGUACAAUCAAAACUGGAGUUUUGUUUUAACUAGAACUGUUUUCCAUACAUUUAACAAGGCAACUAAACUGCAGUUGGAAAAUUAGAAGGAAACGUAGUGUUUGACCUAUAUGUCGAAAUAGGUUUAAUUAUCAUAAGCGGGUUACGACUGUGUCGCAUGUUUGUUAUAGCGGGACUAAAAGGACACAGGUUUAGAACUAGUUCUGUUGCAUGUCUUAUUAGACGAAGAGAUAUCUGGAACCGAACCCAUGUAUGCAUUGCUAUAAUCUAUUGAAUGCAUAUGUAUGUGUGUAUACAUCACAAUGAUGCAACGGUACUUUGUAGGCUAAGAGUUGUAUAAUACGAUAAAAGGGGCAUUUUAUGACGGUGGAGAAUUUGUGUGCAAUACAAAAUCUUUAAAUGAAAAUUAUAAUGACACUAGUAAAUAGGUGCUUCAAGAAAUGCGUGCGCAUAUACGUGGGGAAACAGUACUCGAUCUCAUGUAUGUAUUACUACGCGUUCUGUGGGAUAUAGUCCGUGUCAAUGUGCCUGUGUCUUUAACACUAAAUAAACGUCGAUUUUAUGUGUGCAAUGAAGGGAACAAUGAGAACUAUACAAGUGAAGUGCAGCGUGGUACAUUGUCACAUGGACGCAUCUUAUGUAGUACUGUCGUAUUGUUAUUGGAGAGCCUGACUCUGGGAAACGGGGUUUAAUGCAUGUGCUUAGUAUCGUCCAAGAUAAGCCUUUACUGUCCACACAGUCUAAUCAGGGACUACACUUUCCGCAAACACUGGAUUUUCGCUAGGAAGAGCCUUCAUUCAAACGACUGAUACAAUACAAGCAGAAAAUGUCGUCCCCGACUUCACUGUGCGAACUGCACAGGUUGUUCUGGGACGGCACUAUGUGCACAAGCAUUACAUUCUUCUUCACUGAGAAAGCUUUAUUUUGAAUGUUCAAUACCAAGUGUGAAACAAAAUAAUUACUCAUUUGUGUGUAAAGAGUUUGGAUUUAGGAACCGAUCAUAGAUGGUUUUAAAUCGCAGAUAUGUGCAUCAUUGCUGACAUCUUGUCAGAAUAUUAUCUCAGCAUUAUACUUCGGUCAGUAAUAUUAUGUAAAUAUAUAUUCUUCUACGUAUGCUCAGGCUUAUUGUUUCAUAUUCGCAACUUGUUGACUUUUAUGCAAUAUUUUAUGUCAGUGAACAUGUUCACGUGAUAAUAUUUCCAUUUGAUUUUGCAAUCCUCACAAUUCUGUGAUUAAAUGCGUGUACAUGUAUAAUGUAAAUUGUUACGUUCAUGUAUGAUGUAAAUUGUUACGUUUCCAUAAAUAAAA